UACCAAUGAGGUGUUCAAGGCUCUGCCGUACAUGGUUAUCGGAUAAAAAAAGGAUAGCAGAAAGUUUCGGCUCAUGAAACUAUCAGAAUGAAUGGGACAACAUACUCCAAUUUUGACAAUCAAGAACACGUCUUGAAAUUAGGAGAGACGUUUGAGAAACACCCUAAAAGUGGCUACCAUACGGUGCGAUAUGACUUCAAGCCAGCCUCCAUCGAUACAUCAUGUGAAGGAGAGCUUGAAGUGGGCAAAGGAGAGCAAGUCACUAUUACUUUACCCAAUUUAGAGGGUUCAAGUGCUCCAGUGACGGUCUUCAAGGGGUCCAAGAGGCCGUAUAUGAAAGAAUGCAUCCUCAUUGUGAACCAUGACACAGGAGAGUACAGACUGGAGAAACUCAACAGCAAUAUAGCUGUGAAGAAGACCAGGGCUGAGGGCAGCAGUAAGAUCCAAGCUCGCAUGGAGCAGCAGACCAGUCGCCUGAAGGAGCAGCCGAAGAGCAGCAGCAGCAGCAGCAGCAGCGGCAGCAGCAGCAACAAAAUCUCCACCAGCUCCAAGAGUUCUCCUCCCAAAGAGAAGACCUCCCCGGCGUCUCCCAUGGAUGACAUCGAGAGAGAGUUGAUGGCGGAGGUGCGGGUCAUGGACCAGCUGAGCAGCGGCGACAGCUCCUCAGACUCCAACAGCUCCUCGUCCUCCAGCAGCGACGACAGCUCCAGCAACAGCGACUCUGAUGACGAGCGGACUUCUGCAGCACCUCCCCCCCCGGCUCCAGUUAACCCCAGCAUGCCCAGUAUGCCCAGCAUGCCCAGUAUGCCCAGUAUGCCCAGCAUGCCCAGUAUGCCCAUCAUCUCCACCAGCACCACGAACAACAGUCGCCCACAGGAGAGUGGAGGAGGACUCAUUAACACUCUCAGUAAGUACUCGGCAGCAAAACUAUAA